AUAAUGUCCGAUUAUGAACAUUGUGAUGAUGAUGAUGAUUCGAUUAAUGAAUCAUCACCACCAUUAACAACCGAUGAUGAUGAUGAUGAUCAAGAUGAUGAUGAUGAAGAUCUUGAUGAUGAUAGUGUAUUAUUAGCAUUGGAUACAAAUAUUGGUAAUUCUCAUCGACAACGUACAGAUGGUAUGGAUAUGGAUGGUAAUAAUGAUGAUGAUGAUUAUCCAUAUAAAGUAUUAUCCACUGAAGAUAUAAUGAGAUAUAUGAUUGAUACGAUCAAAGAAGUCAAUACUGUUGUUCAGCUUCCACAAACAAUCACCCGUAUUUUAUUGAAUCAUUUUCGAUGGGAUAAGGAAAAAUUAUAUGAAAAAUAUUAUGAUGGUGAUCAAACACAAUUAUUUCAUGAUGCUCAUAUUGUUAAUCCUAAUUAUCGUCCAUUAAAGAAACCAAUAUAUCAUGGGAAUGAAUUCUGCAAUAUAUGCUGUGUGGAAUAUCCAUCAUCGUUAAUGACCGGAUUAGGAUGUGAACAUCGUUUUUGUCGUGAAUGUUGGACAAAUUAUUUGACAACAAAAAUAAUGGAAGAAGGACAAGGACAAUCGAUUUGUUGUGCAGCACAUAAUUGUGACAUUCUUGUUGAUGAUCAAACUGUUUUCAAUUUGGUUACCGAUCCUAAAGUCAAAUUACGAUAUCAACAUUUAAUAACUAAUAGUUUUGUUGAGUGUAAUAGGCUACUUCGUUGGUGUCCAAAACCAGAAUGUUCACGUGUCAUUCAAGUUGAAUAUGUUGCUUUCAGACCAGUUAAAUGUUAUUGUGGUAAAAUUUUCUGUGUUUUAUGUAGUGAAGAUUGGCAUGAGCCAAUAAAAUGUGAUCUAUUAAAAAAAUGGAAAAAGAAAUGCGAUGAUGAUAGUGAAACAUCGAAUUGGAUAGCAGCCAAUACAAAAGAAUGUCCAAAAUGUCGUAUUACGAUCGAAAAAGAUGGUGGAUGUAAUCAUAUGAUAUGCAAAAAUCAAUCCUGUCGUGCAGAUUUUUGUUGGGUAUGUCUUGGACCAUGGGAACCACAUGGAUCUUCAUGGUAUAAUUGUAAUCGAUAUGAUGAAGUUGAAGCACAAGCAGCACGUGAUGCACAGGAAAAAUCUCGAUCAGCAUUACAAAGAUAUUUAUUUUAUUGUAAUCGUUAUAUGAAUCAUUUACAAAGUUUAAAAUUUGAACAUAAACUAUAUGAAUUAGUCAAAGUUAAAAUGGAAGAAAUGCAACAACAUAACAUGUCAUGGAUUGAAGUACAAUUUUUGAAAAAAGCAGUCGAUGUUCUUUGUCAAUGUCGAUUAACAUUAAUGUAUACAUAUGUUUUUGCUUAUUAUCUGAUCAAAAAUAAUCAAUCGAUUAUAUUUGAAGAUAAUCAAAGAGAUUUGGAAGCAGCCACCGAAACAUUGUCUGAAUAUCUUGAACGAGAAAUUACAGGCGAUAAUAUAACAGUGAUCAAACAAAAAGUACAAGAUAAACAUAGAUAUUGUGAAUCACGACGACGAGCUUUAUUGGACCAUGUACAAGAAGGUUAUGAUAAAGAUAUAUGGGAAUAUCAAAAUUAAUCAAUUCAUUAACCGAGUCAUCAUAAUUAUCAUCAAGCAAGCAAUAAAAAACAACAACUGCAAACAAACGUGGCAAUUUAAUUUCAAAUGACCAUUUCAUUACAAGAGAAAUAACAUCAUUGACAACAAAAAAAAA